UUCUCAUUUCUACAGUUCGGUCCAGAACCUAAAACCUUACAAAUACGAUCUAAUUAUAAAAUUUAGAAUUAUUCAAUCAAAAAGCUCCACAAAAUUAUGCAUACUCGCAUUAAAAUAAUAAAGUUUAAUACAAAUGCAAUUAAUUUUGAUAUUUCUUUCAUAAUAAUUGAUGAAAUUCAAUCAGAAACAUUAAAAAAUACUUUUCCUAUAAAUGGAUUAAAUAAUCAAGAAUUUGAGGAAAUAAUAGAACAUAAGAGACAAAAAUCAAAAAAUUUGUAUAAACCCGAAGAUUUGUCUGGAAUUGAAAGCGAAAUUUAUUCACUUGCUUCGUUUAAUUCAAAUAAUAUUAUGUUGAAAUUUAUAGAAAUGAAUGGUAAUGUAAAUAAAUUUCAAUUAUUUGCGAGGACGAUUAAGAAAUGGGCUAAAAGUAAGUUUAGUUUGUUAAUUUUCUGGAUACGUUAA